AUGGAGGCACCAAAGAAGUUAAUCAUAGAUACAGAUCCAGGAAUUGAUGAUGCGCUAGCCAUUCUAUUUGCUCUUCUUAAUGAAGCUGUAGAUGUGGAGCUUAUUACACUGGUACAAGGCAACACCCAUCUCCAAAACACACUACGAAACUUGCGUGCCAUCCUCACAGUCGCUAAACGCUACUGCGACUAUAUAAAACGACCAUACCACAAACCAAAAGUAGCUCUUGGAACAGGCAUCCGUGUAGAUGGCAAGGAACCCGUAUAUGCUCACGCAUUCCACGGCAACGAUGGACUUGGAAACUACUUCAAACUCACUACAUUUACGGACCACGAUGACUUGAAUGCUCAGGAUAUAGCUUCAGCACAUGUAUUACCUGACGAUGACAUCCUAGUAAUGUGUCAACGUACUGCAGAAGAUGAGAUAUUGAAAUGUAUAUCUGACAAUGCCACUGACACCAUCACAUUGGUUGCAGUGGGGCCAUUGUCGAAUGUAUGGAGGGCUAUAGAUCACGAUCCACAUACAAUCGCAAAGUUGAAGGCUCUUGUGAUUAUGGGUGGUACAUUCGAUUUGCCAGGCAAUGUAUCAGCUCUUGCCGAAUUCAAUUUCUUUGCUGAUCCAUUGGCUGCUCAUUUGGUGAUUGCAAACUGUCCUUGUCCUGUGCGUUUGGUCCCUCUUGAUACGACUAUGGUGGUUGGGAGAUUGUAUAAACAUGAUGUAGAAGCCUGCUAUCCCAAAACCGCAAUGUCGCCCAUAACAGAAUUCCUGAAACAUAUACUUGGACAUGCCUUUCGAGUCAGAGAAAAGAAUGCCAAAAUCAAUAAGAAUGCUGUGGACGACGGAGAACUCGUCCUUUGGACUGCUGUGCAUGAUCCAUUGUGUAUCGCAGCAAUUGUUGAUGAGAGCAUAUUAUCAUGGAAGCCCUUGACGUUUGAGGUCGAGCCAGAAGGAAUGUUUACGAAAGGAAUGUGUGUAUGUGACAAACGACCAUUUGUGCUUGAAGGAAGAGCCAUGAGUGAUGGUACAGGCCGAGAUGUGUGUAUAUCGAGUCCAGAUGGCAGCAAUUCAAAGUUUGUUGCUCUUCUAUUGAGCACACUCUUCCACAUACCAAUGGAAGCAAAAUCCCACAUCCAAAACGUUACGACCAUAGCUACUGAGUGCCGUGAAUCCAUUCUGGUCUGUACGACCGUUGACCAGUUCAAAGCUUGCUUCAAUCAAUAUACCAAAGACGUAUUUGUCUCUGAGCUCUAUAAUCUAAUUGAGAAGAGGGCUACGCUAACGCCAGCUCAGAAAGCUCGAAUCCUCAUUGUCCUUUGGGAGAACGGGCUCCGUGAUGAGGUCGAUACUUUGUUGUUUGAUGUGACUGGUUUCUUUUCCCGGUCGGAGCUGUUCAAGCUUAUUCCAUUGCUUGACAAUCCUCGAAAGGCUCGCCAAAUCAAAAAGAAGAUCGAAAAGAGCCAGACCAUGCGCCCUAAAAAGAGAUCUCAGUUGGAAUCCACCAUCAAGAACUUGGAGGCUGAGGCUCAUGGUGCCAAUUUGACCGAAUCGUUCGCUCGACGUGUGAGGAAAUACGUCAAGAGCAUUCCAAAGGAGGGCUUGGAGUUUGAUGCCGUUAAUUUCCCCAUCGACAACUGGAAGGUGGUUGCUGACUUGUGCCAUCUACAUAAGGAUGAUUUUGCCGUCCCAUGGUUCCUUCCCUUCGUCUUUGGAACGCCCGCUCCUGAAGGCUCUGCCGUCACCAUCUACCACUCUCUGCGAACCGAAAACCUCCAUACACUCGUUAUGGAACACUCCUUCUUGGCUGAAACCUUCUCUACCAUUCGACAACGGAUUUCCGAGGGUUUCUUGACGUUGACGGAUGCUGCUCGUGUUGAACUGACUCGAAAGGCUCCUUUGGAGGAUGUGUUGUGGUUUUAUCCUGAGAUGGUUGGCCACUGCUCUGCUGCUGAUGCCGUCUUGGAGACUCGUCUGCGAUCUGGAGAAGUCUUGGGCUUUGAGCGUGGUCGACUCAACUAUUGCAAAUUGAUGGAAAUCAUUUUGUCGGUUGAGCACAAGACGUCCCUGAAGGAGGCCUUGCUGAUUGGUGAUUGCUCGGGCUCUAUGGAGGUUGCUGUGAAAACGGCUACCAUCAUAGCUUCUGUCUUGACUGCCAGAUUGAAGAACUCGGAAUUGUCGUUCUUCAACAACAAGGUUGUGCUGCCGCCAAUGAUUCCCAAAACUGCCAGUGAUGUCUUGACUGUCGCUACUGCUGUCCGAGCCACCAAUGCCACUUCUCCAGCUGCUUGCUUGUGGCCAUAUCUCAAGAAGGAGACUCAUGUCGACCUCUUUGUUAUGGUUACCGACGAGCAGGAGAAUACCGCUUGCCAAGGCAUGAUGUUUGCUCCUAUGAUGGCAAAAUAUCUCGCCAAGGUCAAUCCAUCCGCCAAGAUCUUCUUCUGUUCCUUCUUGAGGGCUAACGACCAAGGCCACAUGGUCAAGCAGCUUCGGGGGAUUGUAGAGCCUAAACAAUUCAGGCUGGAUCUGGAGAGGCCUGAUUUGUCCAAGUUUGACGAGCUGCUUGGGUUGGUAUCGUUGAUGAUCUCGGAUCAGAACGCUGCUAAUGGUCAAGAGAUGGAGACGGUGGAGACUCAUCUGGAGGCAAUGACGCUGGAGUCUGAGUCCGAGUGGUCGAUUGUUGGGUGA